GAUGAUCUACUUUAUUUCACUGAUGCAUCCAAACAGCCGGAUGUGUUGUUUCUACAGCAAGUUCCUAAUGUUUUGGGUGUGAUUGGAAACUAGGCAGUUGUCAUAGUGACUUCUGUUUUGGACAUUGGGAGGACUGUUGUGUGUGACUUCUUUUCUACACUUAGACUGGUCAAGGAUGAACAUGUUUUUUGUCGGGUGGAAUGGGGAGUGCCGCUGUCUGCUACCUCUGCUACUGGCAGUACUUUUGGUGGAGGGGACCCAGAUAGACUAUUCCAGAUCCAAAGCUAACUCCAUCAAGUCCAUUGUGGUGGUCCAGACUCCAACCCUGGCCACCAACAGGUCUUCAAGCUUCCAGCAUGGAGCGUCGCACAAGAAAGGGAAAAGCCUUGGCCAGGCAUAUCCCUGCAUAAGUGAUAAAGAGUGUGAAGUAGGAAAAUAUUGCUACAGUCCUCAUCAGGCUCCUUCCUCCUGUAUGGCUUGCAGAAGAAAGAAGAAACGCUGCCACAGAGAUGGCAUGUGCUGUCCUGGUAAUCGCUGCAACAAUGGUAUUUGCAUUCCAGUUUCUGAAACGAUCUUGACAGCUCAUAUACCAGAACUUGAAGGGCGCCCAAAGAAGAACAGCCAUACAUCUAGUAAAGAUGUGGGAUGGGAGAAUAUUGGGAGACAUCACACUAAAAUGCCCCAUAUAAAAGGACAUGAGGGGGAUCCUUGCCUUCGGUCAACCGACUGCAUUGAAGGUUAUUGCUGUGCUCGCCAUUUUUGGACCAAAAUUUGCAAACCAGUAUUACGCCAAGGGGAAGUUUGCACAAAGAUAAGGAAAAAAGGUUCUCAUGGAUUGGAGAUCUUUCAGCGAUGCGACUGUGCUAAGGGCUUGUCUUGCAAAGUAUGGAAGGAUGCCACAUAUUCUUCAAAAUCAAGACUGCACAUUUGCCAGAAAAUCUAAGCCAUUAGAACCAUUGAUACAACAGACUGUGUUCUUGAAGGAGGAUACUGUUGAUCCACAUAUAUGAAGGACAUUGGUACUGAGAAAAACACUGAACUGAAAGGCGAUGUAUAUUAUGAACUGGAGCUAAUGGACCUUACCUGUGUAAAUAAACAAUUUGCAACGUUGACAUUUCAUAAAAUAGCAUUUAUUAUGGUAACAACGCAUGCCCAGUAAUUUUACAAAAAUAUAUGAGCAUUAAGUAUAUAGACAUUAUCUUCAUUUGUGUAUUCCGUGAAAAAACUCUUUACAAAAUCCAAACAUAGUUGUUGCUUAAAGUUUUCUAUGCAUUGGCAUGGAGUGCUUUAUAUGAAAAGUAGAACAGAUUUUGUCCAGGGAAUACAACUAUAGUGUUUUCACAUGAUGAUCAAUCAUACCAGAUUACAGUUACGGUAUAUCCUGUUCUUUGUCAGGGAAGUCUUCUUGAAAACACAGAAAUCUGGGUCAGCCAAUUACUGGCAACUACCAAACGUUCCAGAGAGCUCAAUUAUGAAUAACAGAUCUAUGCAAGUCAGAUAUUGCUGACACUGUGCCGACCAGAUCUUUAUUAUUAAAUUAUACCAAUUAAGAGAAAGCACGUCUGCUCAACACAAAAUUCACUGUAGCAUUUAAAAUGGUUAGUCCACAUGUGUUAGCUGUCCGGUUUUAUACACUACAGUAAUUUUUUGUGGUUUAAAGAAUUAAUAUCAUGAAAAAAUUGUCUCAUAAAUAAGAGCAAGGCAACAUCGUAUAAUUUGCUAACCGAGA